UCGAGGAGGCAGCUCCAGACUCCAGGAGUGUCUCCGGUGCCUCCCGGUGUCUCCCGGUGGGUCCGGUCGGUCCCGCCGCGACCUGCACCGCUCAGACCGCACUCCCAGCGCGCGAGGCCGGUGGGCUGCCUACGCUGCGGGCGAGUUGCUCCGCUGCCGCCCGCGCCGCCUAAGCCCUCCCCGGUAGAGUGCGUCACGUCAUCCACCCCCCACAGACUACCCCGAGCAGCAGUACCACCACCAUGGGCGUGGUGCUGACGGCCCUGUGCGCGGUGUGCGCCGUGCUGCUGGCGCCCUACGCGCUGCGCCUAUGGCGGCACUUUCGGGAGGUGGUGCGCGCCAUGUACCUGACGAGGAACGUCCCCGGACCGCCGUCGCUGCCGCUGCUGGGUUGCGUGCCCACCUUCCUGGGGGUGUGGACCGACAUGCACGGCACCAUGCACCGCCUGCUGCAGAGCUACGGCACCACCUUCCGCAUGCAGGUCCUGGACCGCGUCACCCUGGUCGUCAUGGACCCGGACGACGUGCAGGCCGUGUGCACGCACCCGGCGCUGGCCAACAAGGCCAAGCCCUACAAGCUGCUGGAGAACCACCUCGGCAGCGGGCUCAUCAACAUGAACGGGCCGGCCUACAAGCGGCACCGCAAGGCCAUCACGCCGUCGCUGCACCUCGACAUCCUGCAGGACUUCGUGCCCGUCUUCGCCAAGAACGCCGAGGCGCUGGCGCGCCGCCUGCGGCAGCACGCCGACUCCGGGGCGCCGUUCAACUCGUCGCCCGAGUUCGGCAUGUUGACCAACAUGACCAUCAUGGAGACGGUCAUGUCCAUGGGCAACGAGGGCGCCUCUGAAAACGAGUACGUCGACAUGGCCAACGUGCUCGACGAAGCCAGCACGCUCAUCAUGUGGCGCGCCAUGCGGCCCUGGUGGGAGAACGACGCGGUGUUCACGCUGUGCUCCCGCUACAAGGCCUACAACGAGACGGCCAGCACGAUGAACGAGAUGGUCACGCGCAUCCUGCACACCAAGUCCGCAGAGGUGUCCCGCGGCGACCCCGCGCCGCCGCGCCGCCGCAUGGCCUUCCUGGACCACGUGCUGCGCUCGUCGGAGGGCGCCAACAUGAGCGGCGACGAGCUGCGCGACGAGCUCAAGACCUUCCUCUUCGCCGGCUCCACCACCUCCAUGGACUUCCUGUCGCUCGUCGCGCUCGCCCUCACCAUGUUCCCGGACAUACAGAGCCGGGUGCAGCAGGAGGUGGACGAGGUGUUCGGCGCGCCGGGGACGGAGGGCGCGGACAGGCCGAUGGUGUCCGAGGACCUCGGCCACCUGCAGUACACGGAGCGCGUGCUGCGCGAGGUGCUGCGGUACGCGCCGCCGGUGCCGCUCAUGUUCCGCUCGGCCGCGGAGGACGUGAAGCUGCCGUCGGGCACGCUGGUGCCGCGCGGCUGCAUGGUGUGCCUGGUGCCCGCGGGCACGCACCGCAUCCCCGAGCACUUCCCGGACCCGCUGCGCUUCGACCCGGACCGCUUCCUGCCCGAGCAGAGCCGCGGCCGCCACCCCUUCGCCUACAUCCCGUUCAGCGCGGGCACCCGCAACUGCGUGGGCCAGCGGUACGCGCUCAUGUUCUCCAAGACGAUCGUCGCGACGCUCGUGAGGCGCUUCACCUUCGUGCGCGCGCCCGGCGGGCCCAAGGACUUCGGCGAGGUGAGCGUCGUCCCCGGCAUCACCAUCUCGGUGCGCGGCGGGGCCGUGGUGUGUGUGCAGCACCGUGUGCAGCACCGCCAGCGGGCCGCGGCCUAGCUCCCGCUCCCGUCCCCCCGCGCGCGUGGACGACAACCAAAGCCAAAGAUUGACAGGGACGAGAGAGAGACCCACACCACGCCGGCUCCAUCCCUCAAGCGCUCUCCGAGAAGCCGUCGCUUGUUAUACGAGUAAAUGACUUAUGUAAAUGUGCCUACUGUACACAAUGCCACGCAGGAGCAGAUACUGUUUAAUCUUGUCAUUGUCUGCUCAUUAUAAUUAUUUUUUUUCGACAACAAGAAAAAAAGAGUACAACUAGUCACUGAGGUCCA